AUGGAGAGCUUGUAGUUUCAACAAAAGUUAUGGAGAGACCGGAGUACAUCAAAAUACAAAAUUUGGAAGUAGCCUCUUCGCAGACAUGUCCAACUCCUAGGAGGAAGAAGAAGAAGAAGAAGAAGAGCAACAACAUGAACAAAAGAAGGUUUAGUGAUGAACAAAUCAGGUCACUGGAGUCCAUAUUUUAUUCAUCGGAUUCAAAGCUUGAUUCGAGGAAGAAGGUGCAGCUGGCAGCCGAGUUGGGACUCCAACCUCGCCAGAUUUCUAUAUGGUUUCAGAAUAGAAGAGCAAGAUGGAAGUCGAAGCAGAUGGAGAACGAUUUCAGGAGCCUCAGAGCUAGUUAUGAUAAUCUAGCGUCUCAGUUUAGAACUUUACAGGAAGAGAACAACUCCUUGCUCUCACAGUUGCAAAAGUUAGGCGAGCUUGUUCAAGAAGAACCUGGUGAGGGAUGUUAUUCCACUAAUUUUGGAAAAAACGCUGAUGAGAAUCAAGCAAAGCUAGAAAUCUUAGAAGAUGAACCGGAACAGAAUGGAGUCACGUAUUUGAACAACAAUUCAAAGACUGAGAAUGGAGGAGGACAUCAAGCGACCCAUUUGUUGGAAGGCAGAAGCAACGGCAAUAGCCACAGUGAGGAGCAAGUAUGGUGCGAUUUUGAGUCGGAUGGUGGUGUCAUCUUUGAAUAUCAGCCGUGUAGCAGUUUGCACUUGCAGGGGCUAAGUUUCUGGGGAUGAGACGAUUCCAGAGAAAACUAGGCUACAUCCACUUAGAACUAAACCUCGUGUAGCAGUCUGCAGUGCCUAAAUUUGCAGGGAUGACAAAGGAUUCCAGAGUUAACUAAAAGUGGCUCACAAAUAUUGGUCUUAAUACUGCUAGGUCCGGUCUUAUUACUAUCAGAUUGGCUCCCCGAACAACUUGAAUUCUAGGUGCCAUCUUUCCAUGGCUUUACAUCUUCACAAAGAAACUGUUCCCUCAGCUCAUCGGUUUAGCUAACUGCUUGACAUUAAAGAUUGCCAAUUAGAGUUGGUUAAUAUGAACUAAUCCAAGAAACUGGAGACUUGCUAGUUGCUUUGUAACACAUUUACUAUGAAUCCAAGUUCCCAUGGUAGCUGCACUCAAGAGUUUUGCAUGGACAAA